AUGGAGCUGCUGAAGGACAACGUCUCCUCCCACAGAUACUUCAUCCUGGGCGGGCUGGACGAGCUGGGCGGGCUGAGGCCCGUCCUCUCCGUCCCCUUCCUCGUCCUCCUCGUGGUGUCGCUAGCGGCCAACUCCCUGCUGCUGUACGUCGUCGUCUCCCGGAGGAGCCUCCACUCGCCCAUGUGCCUCCUCAUCGCCUGCAUGGCCGGCGUGGACCUGAGCCUCCCGCUCAUCUUCAUCCCCAACGUCCUGCUGGGCGUCUGGCUGGACCUGAAGGGCAUCUCUCUGAUUGGCUGCCUGGUCCAGAUGUAUCUCCUCCACUUCCUGGGCAGCUGUCAGUCCACCCUGCUGCUCUGCAUGGCUCUGGACCGAUACUUCGCCAUCUGCACGCCGCUCUGCUACCACGAGCGCAUGUCUUUACCCGGAUUCCUCCGGUUUGUGAUCCCCCUGCUGCUCAGGAACGUGGUGGUGGUCCUGGCGGUGGUGGUCCUGGCCGGGUCGCUGUCCUUCUGCUCCAGGAGGGAGAUCAACCACUGCUUCUGCGAGCACAUGGCGCUGGUGGAGCUGGCCUGCGGCAGCACGGACGUCAACAGCCUGGUCGGCCUGGUGUCGGUGUUCCUCGUCCCCGUGCUGGACUUCCUCCUCAUCACGGCCUCGUACGUCCUCAUAUUCCGCUCCGUGCUGCGUUCGGGGAAAUCCGCCUCCAAAGCUCUUCACACCUGCGUCACUCACAUCAUCGUGAUGCUCGUCAGCCUGACCUUCGUCCUCACGGCCUUCCUGUCGUACCGGGUCAGAGACGGCCUCCCGGCAGCCGGACGGGUCGUCGUCAGCAUCGUCUACCUGUCCGUCCCGAGCUGCUUCAACCCCAUCAUCUACGGCCUCAGAACCACUGAGAUACGACAAAACAUCCUGAAGAUGCUGCCGUCACGCAGCCUCGUCCAGACCGUUAAUUAA